AUGGGAAGUCAAGAUUCUUGGGAAAUUGAGUGGUCAAACCAAGAAAUCGUACCCAAAGAAGAUGAAGUUUUCCCAUUUCCACAGCAAUUGCCUCCUCUUGAUUUAAGGUACCCAGAUCAAUCAGGAUGCAGCAUUUACAGUGAUCAUCUGUUUUCUGUUCAACAAGAUCAUCUUCAUGACGCUACUUCUUUGAUGGAUAUCAUGAUUUCAAACAACAAUCCAAUCUGUUCUUCAAUGGACAUCUUACGUGCAGAUUCUACAUUUUAUGAAGAAGGCUUUUUGGUUGGAGGAGACGGUGAAUUAGGGUUUCCAGCUGAUCAAGAAAUGUCCAUGAUGAACUCAUUAGGGUUUCAAGAUCAAGAAAUGUACAUGAUGACUACAAACUCAUUAGGGUUUCUUCAUGAAAGCCAACCGGGUCUAAUGGCGAUGAAGAACAUGAAUGAUAACGAAGAGAUGAAGAUGGCUAGAUCAUCCGGGUGUCGAAAACCACUGAAAGAGGUUGACCACAAGGGUGGUGGUGAUCAUGGUGGCAAUGUUGAUCAAGGUGGUUGUGGUUUUAGUUAUCCUAUGCGAAUGACAUUAAGCCGAGAGAUGAUAUCGCAGUACUUUUACAUGCCGAUAACUCAAGCUGCAAAAGAGCUUAAUGUCGGAUUAACGCUCUUAAAGAAACGGUGCCGGGAAUUGGGAAUUCGUCGUUGGCCUCAUCGCAAACUAAUGAGCCUUCAAACUCUAAUCACCAAUGUUCAGGAAUUAGGGAAAUCAUCUGGGAAUGGAGCCGAAGAGAAGCUACAAGAAGCGGUUGCAUUAUUGGAGAAAGAAAGGAAGAAGAUGGAAGAAAUACCUGAUUUACAACUAGAAGAUAACACGAAAAGAUUGAGACAAGCUUGUUUUAAAGCGAACUAUAAGAAGAGGAAGACAACGAAUUCAUCCACAUUAACUGCUUAUCGACAAUCGUCUUCUUCGUGCUCGACCACCUCAGUUGAUCAUGGAGGUUAUGAAGACCUUGAAAAUGAUGAAGAGAUUAAGUCGAUGUUGUUUCUAGACUGCUUUCCUUCUUCAAGCAACAACUUGUUUUAA